GCGUGGCCAGCCGCGGAGGCGUGGCCUCGCGGGGCGUGGCCGGCGCAGGCGCGGGGCGGGUCCCGGUCCCCGGAGCGCGCGAUGCUGGGCCGCUCCGGAUACCGGGCGCUGCCCCUCGGGGACUUUGACCGCUUCCCGCAGUCCAGCUUCGGCUUCCUGGGCUCGCAGAAGGGCUGCCUGGACCCGGAGCGGGGCGGCGCGGGGCCGGGGGCGGACUCACCCCAGAGCUGGUCCUCCUACCUCUGCCAUGGUGUCAUCAGUUUCCUGGGCUUUCUGCUGCUCUUGAUCACCUUCCCUAUUUCUGGCUGGUUUGCCCUGAAGAUUGUACCCACCUACGAGCGCAUGGUGGUGUUCCGUCUGGGCCGGAUCCGCCCCCCACAGGGGCCUGGCAUGGUCUUACUGCUGCCCUUCAUCGACUGCUCUCAGAGGGUGGAUCUGAGGACCCGAGCCUUCAACGUCCCUCCUUGCAAGCUGACCUCCAAGGACGGGGCCGUGCUCUCCGUGGGGGCCGACGUGCAGUUCCGCAUCUGGGACCCGGUGCUGUCGGUGCUGGCCGUGAAGGACCUGAACGCGGCCACCCGCAUGACGGCCCAAAACGCCAUGACCAAGGCCCUGCUCCGCCGGCCUCUGCCCGAGAUCCAGAUGGAGAGACUCAAGAUCAGCGACCAGCUCCUGCUGGAGAUCAACGAUGUGACCCGGGCCUGGGGCCUGGAGGUGGACCGGGUGGAGCUGGUGGUGGAGGCCGUGCUGCAGCCGCCCCAGGACGGCCCGGCGGGGCCGGGCCUCGACAGCACCCUCCAGCAGCUGGCCCUCCACUUGCUGGGCGGAGCCUUGCACCCCGGGGCCGCCGGAGCCGCCCCGCAGCCCGGGCCAGCCUCGCCGGACUCCGUGGAGAUGCUGAGUGAAGUGGAAGCGCCGGCCCCGGGCGGCGGUGCGGGGCCCAGCCCGGAGAGGCCCGUGGCCGAGGGGCUGCUGACCGCCCUGCAGCCCCUGCUGUCCGAGGCCCUGGUCAGCCAGGUUGGGGCCUGCUACCAGUUCAACGUCGUCCUGCCCUGCGGCAGCCAGAGCGCCUACUUCCUCGACCUCACCGCAGGGCGAGGCGGGGUGGGCCGCGGGGCGCCCGCCCGCAUCCCCGACGUGGUGGUGGAGAUGGCGGAGGCCGACCUGCAGGCGCUGCUGAGCCGGGAGCUGCGGCCCCUGGGGGCCUACAUGAGCGGGCGGCUGAAGGUGAAGGGGGACCUGGCCGUGGUCAUGAAGCUGGAAGCCGUGCUCAGGGCCCUCAAGUAGCAGCCUGGGCGGCCACCCGGAGGACGGACCCAGCCGGGACCCCGCGCCCAGCUGCCGGGGCUUCUUGGAGGAGGCGUUGGUCUGCACCGGGGGAGGCUGAGGCUGGAAGAAGUUGGAGGCCCAGCCAGGAGGCCGUGCACGGAGGCCCGGAGGUGCCAGAGGCCGUUCUGUAUUUGCACUGUGCGCAGCGUCUCGGGACAGGCCUUGGUCUGCGUCCGGCCCGGUGACCUUCCCCGGGGCCGGGCCACCCAAAGUGGACAGGCAGCAAGAGCCAGGCCCCAGGAGAGGCAUCGGCCGGGCCGGCGGGGCUGUGGGAGGCGCGGGCUCUGCUCGCCAGGGUGGGCGAGGGGCGCGCGGGUCAGGCCGUGGCACCGCCACCUGCGCUCCCCAUGGCCGCUGGGUCCCCAGCUCGCCCUGCAUGCCUGGCAGAGCUGGGGCCCGGACUCGCUGGCCGCCCCCCCCCCAGAGGGGCAAAUAA